UAAGGUAUAUUGAUCAAAACCUAUAUCGGAUACAAGAUACGUAUGCUGAGAGCUGUCUGACUCUUCAUUGGUUGUGUAAUCCAGGUAAACAAAUCCAUACUAGUUACGAUGGAGGUAAAGACAAAGCUACGGUUCUGUCUUGCGUUUUCCGCCAUUGCAUUGGUCCUAAAGAUCGUAGUUUUUAUCAGUCCAGGAUGGGUAGUGGUCAAAUCUUACUUCCGGGAUCCAUUACAAAGCCAUGAAAUUCAGAAAGCAGAACAUGUGAUAGACAAGAGACACGGAAUUUCUAUUUCUUUUGGAGUCUGGUACUACAAGGUGUGUAGACAUGAGAAAAACAACCAGAUUACGGAUGAAGGGAAAAGGGAAUCCAUGGAUCACGUUGAGAAGACAACACCUAAGGACACAAGACGGACAAGUGAAGAAACUCGCCGCCAUCACUACCACAAUCGACAUCCCCAUAGAUGCUACCAUAGAAGCUACAAGAAACAACAACAUGGACAGAGAAUUGACUUUGUUGGUGAGGGCAUUGAACAAGGCCAGAGGAAUGACAAAACAUUUGAAAAUAAUAUACCAACAGAUUUUAUUGAAGCAAGAGAGUUUAUCAACACAUCAGUUGAAUUUGCUCGCCAUGGACGAUAUGAGUUGACAUGCUAUGUUACCAUUGGCCUAAUUCUGGGAUUAAUUGGUAUGGCUGGUGCCAUUAAGUAUGCUCGUGGUGGGGGUGUAGGAAAACAUACUGGGAGACUCGUUUGUUCUACUCAAGUUUUCUCAUCAUUCUUCUACUGGGUAGCCAUUAUCAGAGUUGCUACAUUCGUCAUCCAACUAAGAACUAUUCAGAAGCAUGAAAUUCUUGACGAUCAUAUGGGUCACGAUGUUUGGUUUUCUGUUCCUUGGUGCCUUAUCGUCGGAGCCAUUGGAGCUAUCGUCAUGGAUAUAUCAGCGUUAUUCCAUCUAAUCAUGAUAUCACGUGACCGGAAGUCUGAUGGGGUAGAAUACUCAUUUCACACAGAAAAACACGGCUCAAGUAAAGUUCCGAUUAUUGCUCCGAGAGGAUAUGAACAACUUAUGAUACCACCUUCAUAUACUCAAGAAGAAGCCGGGCCAAUUCCAGAAAAACAACCUAUUUCGUAGACUUAUGGUGUUCUUUUGUUGUCGCUUAACAUUUGACUUAUAUAUUUAGAUUAAAGAGGUCUUCACGUGUUAUAACUUAGUGGACAGAGUUAACUUUUUUUAUAGAUUAUUUUUUUAGAACUCCACCGAAUUAACCUUUUUUAUGUCAUCCCACACGUUUCAAAUCACGAGUCAUGUGUGUUGCCAUAGUAUUUCAAGUGAAGGGAUAUGAUACACAUAUGGUAUUUGUCCUAGACUAAAGAGAAGAACCAAAAUGACUGCCAAUUGUCUUCAAUAACAAUUUAUUUUUAUUUGUAAUUUUUGUAAUAACGUUGUAAUUUUGUUCAUGUGAAUGAGGAGAAUCGGGUGAAGUCAGUUGGGCUCAUAUAUAGAACUACUACUAUAA